AUGACUACGAACGAGCCAGGCAAUGCUGGUGUGGCCAGUAACAUCCAGAACGGCGAUCCAUCAAUGGGAGGAACCAAAGCAAACGACCAGCAAAAUGAAUAUUUGACCCGCUAUCAGACAGCCUCCAGCGUGGUCAUCCCCCGAGAGGUCUUCGAGUCGAUGUAUCUCUCUCCCUACACACACAGGCUAGGGCAUUUGCGCAGUACUUUUGGGAACCCAACACCGAUGCCAUUGAUGGGUUUCUUGAUCGCGUCUAUGCCGUUGGGAUGUAACCUCAUGGGCUGGCGAGGCUCUGGUGGUGACGGAGCGGCCAUAAUCGGAUUGUUCUUUUUCUUUGGUGGAAUGCUCCAAGUCCUCGGGUGUGUCUUGGAAUGGAUCAUCGGCAAUACCUUUCCCUUCGUCGUUUUCGCCUGCUACGGUGCCUUCUGGCUGGCAAUGGGAGCAACGCUCCAACCCGAUUUCAAUGCUCAAGCCUACUACACCAAGCAGGCUGAUGGAACGUCUCAGUUCUACUCAAGCUUUGCGUUCUUCUGGAUGGUCAUGGCCCUUGUGACCUUUUUCUUUCUGGUGGCAUCUCUGCGGACUAACAUCACGUUUGUCCUGGUGUUUUUCUUCAUAGAUCUCGCCUUUAUCAUGCUGAUGGCCACUUAUUGGACCUUAGCGGAAGGCAAGACGGCUGUCGCUGCAAAGUGUCAAAAGGCUGCUGGAGCUUUCAUUUUUGUCUUUUGCGUGUUCGGCUGGUAUCUGUUCUUUGCAAUGAUACUCAUGGCGGUGGAAUUUCCACUUCGGCUCCCAACUGGAGAUCUGAGUACGAGAUUCAAAGGGGCCUCAGAUAAGAAACAGCCUGAUUCUCAGGCUUGA